AUGCUUGAAGCCAAUGCUAUUUCAUCUCCUAUGGUGUCAUCUUGCAAGUUAUCCAAACAUGGUUCAAACACUCUAGCUAAUUCUACAUUCUACAGAUUAGUUGUUGGAGCACUUCAAUAUGCAACCAUAACCAGACCUGAGCUUAGUUUUGCUGUCAACAAAGUUUUUCAAUUUAUGGCUCAUCCUCUUGAAAGUCACUGGAAUGCAGUCAAGAGAAUUUUAAGGUAUCUUAAGGGUACAAUGUUCUAUGGUCUACAUCUUCAACCAGCUCGUGUUCAUCAACCCCUUUCACUUUAUGCAUAUUGUGAUGUUGAUUGGGCAGUUGACCCUGAUGACAGAAGAUCAACAUCUGGGGAAGCUAUUUUUCUUGAUCCUAAUCUGAUUUCAUGGUGGUCUAGGAAACACCCUGUUGUGGCUAGAUCAAGUACAGAGGCUGAGUACAGAAGCUUGGCUCAAGCUACUUCUGAAGUUCUAUGGAUUCAAACUUUACUUCAUGAAUUAAGGGUUCCCUUUUCCACUCCUACAAUUUACUGUAAUAACCAAAACACAGUGUCACUUGCUCACAAUCCGGUUCUACAUUCAAGAACAAAGCAUAUGGAGAUUAAUCUUUUCUUUGUGAGAGAAAAAGUUCUUGCCAAUCCACUCACUAUUCAACACAUCCUUGGUCAAGAUCAAUGGGCUGAUGCUCUCACCAAGCCUCUCUCUUCUACCAUAUUUUUAUUUUUGAGAGACAAACUUAAAGUUGUUGAGCUUCCUUUUGCUUCUCACCCAACUUAA